UAAAAUGGGUUGCGGUGAGAUACAUUACUGUCAUGAAAAUAACUGCGCGUGCAAAAAAACGGGAUCGCUUUUAGGCGGAUGGCUGUCAGCAGACGAAGCAGUGUGGCAUGCGCGAACGUUUUCACAAGUUUUCACUUUUAGCACUUGUUGUGAGAAGAAUGUGACGGUUUCAACGAGCAGAAGUGAUGGGCCUGCAUCUUUCUAGCAGGAAGGGUGUGAGCUCUUGGUGGUUUCCUCUUGAGUAGUAUCUGAUGAGUGAAACCAGUAGUGGGUGCUUUGGGUGUGUUCACUUGACAUUGCAGAGAUGCAGAUGUCAAGCACUUUGCAUCUUCGGAGAGACCAAGCCAACAGAUCUUCCCCGCAAACCGAUGUAAUGGUCUUCUGUGAACUUCACAGAGGAGCGGAGGGCGCGAUCCUGGCCACUGGGUGAUCAUGUUAAGAUGCCGGUGUUUGAUCGCUUGUGCAUCGUGCUCUAUCAUGCAGUGGUGCCACUACUGGUGGUCCUGCUUUCAGCCUCAGGACAUCCGCAGACCUUCCCCUGCAGGCUGAUCCGAAGCACGGCUCUGUGCAACAGCUAUCAGCUCUCUGCCAUACCAGAUCAUUUACCACGGCAAAUUGAGGAGAUCUUCUUAGACAAUAACCUUCUGUUAAAUCUUCAAGAUGGUUGUCUCUCCAGAUAUCAUCUUCUACGGACAAUCAGCUGUGCGAACAAUCAGCUAAUGGCGGUGGAAGAGAGCGUGUUCUCUGAGUCGUCUCUUUUAGAAAACCUCAAUUUAGCCAAUAACGAGCUUCACUAUGGACACAAGCAAGUGGCCCAGUCCUUAAGCUCUCUGUCCCAAAUAAAGACCCUUGAUCUUUCAGGUAAUGGCCUCUCGGAGGACAUGGUGUCUCUGCUGGUACAGAAUCUGUCCUCGCUUGAGUCUCUAUACUUGUCCCGGAAUGCCAUGCUGAGGCUGGAUGAGUCAACAUUCAGAAACCUUCAUCAGCUUAGGGAGCUGAACGUUGAGAGAAACUUGUUGUUUGAGAUCGAUGGAGCAUUUGAUCACAUGAACAAGCUCCAAAGGUUGAACCUGGCCUUCAACUGUUUACCAUGUUUGGUCAACUUUGAAAUGACCCAACUGCUGGUCCUAAAUGCCAGCCACAAUUCAAUUGAGUGGUUUAUAACCAAUCAAAAUUUGACUGAGACCUUUCAGCUGGAAACGUUGGACCUGUCUGACAACCAUUUGCUGUUCUUUCCAUUCCUUCCAACAAAAAACCGAAUAAGAACUUUAUUGUUGUCCAAUAAUCGAGUUGGUUUUUACCAACACUUAUCAAAUUACACAUCUUCAAACUGGAGCACUAGUGUUGAGUACUACAACUUGGGGCAAAAUGUAAGCAGCAUCACAGUAGAGCUCUGGAAUGAGAACCUUCACGGUGAUCUUUCAUCAGUAGAGCUCCUGGACCUGAGUGAAAACAAGGUGAACUACUUCCCUCAGGGAUUCAUUCAACAGAUGCCACAUCUUUACUGGCUGAGGCUGAGAAGUAACUGUUUACAGUCCCUCGGGUUGACGUCUGAAGAUCUACCAGUCACCCUCUAUGAACUGGACGUUAGCCGAAACAGGUUAACUGAGCUGAAAGCAAGCCAACACUCCAUUAGCGAGCUGAACAAUCUCACGCAUCUCAAUCUGAGUUCAAAUGACCUUCAGAACCUCCCAACUAGGAUUUUUGCUAGUCUUCCAAAACUUGGCACACUAGAUCUCAGUCACAACACUGUGGAUGUGUGUUACUUGCCGAGUUCGUCAGGAUGUGUUGUGUGGUCCAACAUCGUUUCCCUAAAACAGCUCUAUCUUGCCGGGUGUAGCAUUCAGAACAUCCCGUCUUCAGCGUUCAAGGGCACGCCACUAACCCAUCUCGAACUUUCUAACAAUCCGGACCUAAACCUCAAACAGGAAUCUCUGGAAGGUCUCGCUAACACUUUGCAGCACUUGGGACUUGGAAAUACUGGUCUUCAAGACUUUGACUUCUCUUUAUACGGCCAUUUGAAGAGUUUAAACAUCUGUAGAAACUCACUACCAGAACUUCCUGAAUCUCUAAUAACAUUAAAACUGGAGCUUCUGGACUUGAGGGAUAACAUGUUGACAACCAUCCCGUCCCAACAUGCUGGCAUGUUAGCUCAAAGACUGCAGACUGUUUAUAUGAAUGGAAAUGCCUUCAACUGUUGCCAUUUAGACUGGUACAGGACCUUCGGGGAGAAUGAAGGCAUCAGUAUUGUAGAUCUCUCAGAGAUUACAUGUUUGGACUUAAACCACAGGCGUCACAAGGUCAUGCUUUUGGACGCCAUCCACUGUGGUGGUUCCAGCAAUGAGGAGUCUGUUGUUUGGUACAUUCUUCUCUUUGCAACAGUCAGUGUUUCCAUCAUGGGUAUAUCCGUCAUUUACAUGCUCACCUUUAAGCCAAGAAUGUUGCCUCGUGCUAUUAAAAAGAGAUGCUGGAGGCCGGUUCCUUAUUGAGAAGCAUGCUAUUGUAAAACUAAUGAAUGAAGGGGCUAACAUGUUAAAUAUGCUCUUAAAGGUUGCUACUUUCAGACAACUGGACAUAACAGAAGAGAAAUAUGAUAUUAAUGUGAAAGAUUUAGGCCAUAUUGGUCUCUAAACAUGAAUGUAUUUCAUUUUAUCCUUAUUAAAAUGCAGGAAAAGAGUUUGGCUGCUGGAUGGUUUGAUAUUUACCUUUUAAAGAAAAGUUGCAAUUAUACUUUCAGUCAUGAUAUUUUAUAUUUGCAUUUAUUCAUUUGGCAAAAGCUUGAUCCAAAGCAACUUGUAGUGCAUUCAAUAUCCCAUGUAACAAAGUUAGGUUGAAAGAACAUUGUUUUAAAAUAUGUUUCUAAAAUGUAGAAAUGUCCAGUUUUCUUGUUUUGAUUAUAACGUUAUUUAAAGGUAACAAAAAUGUUUUAAUUUUUUAUUUUUUUUUACAAGUACAAAUAUCAUCAUAAGGACAAUCUGAGAAUGUUGAACUCAGAACGUUUUCUCUCAAUGUUAUGUGAACGUAUAUAUAAUAUUAAUAAAAGUUAUUUGAAUGUUCCAUGUAAAUUA